UACAAGUGAAAUCCAACUUAAUUCUUCAAAAAAAAAAGCUCUAAAUUCAAACGUUGUCACUCCAUCCAUACUGAAAAAAAUUCAUAAAUAAGAAUUCAAAUUCCGAACGUUUAUGAGUCACGCUUUUCCACCCUCCCGCGUUUUCUUGCCUGUAUUCUUUCAUUCGUUCACAACUUCCUGCAAGCAAAUCUUGCUCAUCGGUUAUAUUACACGAAACCUGAUAAAAUAUGGCUAGGGUUUCUAAGUUCUCUACAGCAAUGCAAUUCGUUUACUCAAAAUAUUUAUCAACUGCGCGUAGCUUCACUGUAGCAGCGCAGGAGCCAAUACUACCCGUCAAAUCGUGUGCGUUUUCUCCAAAGGUGGCAUGGAAGAGGACAGGGCAGCUUCAGCGCACAAUUUCAAGAGGGUUUAGUAAAGCUGGGGUGGGACUUCAUUCUGGAGAUGAAGCUGUUGUGAGAGUCUUACCGGCUAUGGCUGGAGAGGGCAGGUAUUUUAUUAUUGGUAAAUGUAGGGUUAGGGUUCCUGCUUCUACAAUACAUUUGAGUGAUACCACUCUGAGUGUUCACAUUGGGAAAGGUGGCACAAGUGUGCGCACCGUAGAGCACUUGCUCUCUGCUUUGGAAGGGAUGGGGAUUGAUAAUUGCCGCAUUGAAAUUGAGGGUGCCAAUGAGGUGCCUAUAUUGGAUGGAUCUGCAUUGGAAUGGGUAGAAGCCAUAGAGGAAGCUGGUACAUGUAUUGCAAAGAAUAAUUUUGGCAUGGAUGUAGAGAAGAUGGCUCUCAUAGUCUGUGAACCAUUCCAUGUGAUGAAGGGCGAAUCAUUUGUAGCAGUUUAUCCUGCAGCAUCCACCCGUAUAACUUAUGGUAUUGAUUUUCAACAGGCACCUGCGAUUGGUUGCCAAUGGUUCUCUUGGUCUCCUGUGGAUAGCAUGACAUACAAGGAGAAAGUUGCACCUUCAAGGACAUUCGGCUUAUACGAACAGGUUGAACAACUACGGACAGCUGGACUUAUAAAGGGAGGGUCAAUAGACAAUGCAUUAGUAUGCAGUAUUACCAAAGGUUGGGUGAAUCCACCAUUGCGCUUUUCUGAUGAACCAUGUCGACAUAAAAUUUUGGAUCUUGUUGGAGAUCUCUCUCUGUGUGCUCAAGACGGUCACCAAGGCCUUCCAAUUGCCCACAUAAUCGCUUUUAAGAUUACAAAUGGUGCACAAGAGAGUUUCAAGAGGAAGGAAGCUUCUAGAUGAAUGAAGUUUUGAGAAAGGAAGCUUUUGGAUGGAGAAAGUUUUGAGGAAACUGUAGUCCAUUUUUCAAAUGGCUACAUUUUUAAAGUUUAAAGUUAAAAAAUUAAUUAUGUGAAAUGUUGUGAUCAGUUGUUGCCAUUCAAAGCCAUAUUGGCAUAAUUGUUUAAGGUAAGGAAGAGCUAAGAAAGAAAGCUCCAUGCAUUUCUAAGUUAUGGCAACCAAGAUUUUAUGGUGCCUUAAUAGUAAUAGAAAGGGUGGCCACUACAUAUGGUACCAUUCAUUGCCAAUGCAGCCAAAAAGCAUGUAGGCUGCAACUUAACAAGAGAUAUAGUAGUUUAUGAACCAGAUAAAAGGCUGUAGCUCAUCAAGCGCCAUAUAUAGAGGAGGAAAACAAAGGAAAACAACGGUUCAUAAAAGGAAAACACCAUCCAAAACAAAGAAGAAACCUCCAAAUAAUAUGGUGUAGUCCAAAGGAUAAACAAAUCUGCAAGCUAUGUUAAAUGUGGUUCGAACCAUAAACAAACAUCCAUAUCCAGUGCCAAAAUCACUUCAAACUCACGUAUGAUUUGCAGAUGAUAGCAUAGCUAUUAUUUAUCAAGAUCACAGUUCCAAAAUUCCAACGUAGCCAAGCAAAGCAUUGGGUGAACAAACAAUGGUGCAUAUGUAUUGUAAAAAUGGCCUGAGAAGAUCUACACAACCAUGGGGAAGAGUUGAGCAGUCUCCAAAUAUUGCACAGCUAGAGAAUGAAAAAAAAUAGCACAAAGGGCACCCAAACACCCAGCAACAUCUCAACCAUCAAGUCUGGAGCUUUGUCUAACGGCUGGUACUUGUUUUCAAUGUUGUCAAAGGUACAGCUCUAAGACUCUUGUUCUAUUGGUCACCUUCAUCAGCUCAGCAGUCCCUCCAACCAAUGGCUCACCAUUUAGGAGUUGUCAGAUGUACUUGGCUGGAGAAAUUGUCCCAUUGGUCCCUCUAAUCCUAUGUGGUAGAUGGUGGGCCUUGUAAGGAAAAGAUUUAGUUUGUAAGCCCCUCUUUAUCUCAUGUAAGAAUAAGUAUCUUUAUUAAAGUCUUCUAAGUUGCUUUUAUUAAGAAUUUUAAAAGACGAAGAUAUGGGCAUAAGGCAUGUGGGCCCAUGAAGUAAAAGCUUCAUUUAAGAAAGGUAACCAUAAUAGCAAAGACUAUAAUGAUAAAAGCUACUUGAAACGAAUGAAAGCUCAUGAAAAUGGAAAGUGCAGUGAACAGGGAGUGCUGGCGAACACGCAAGAAAAGGAGGUCUUUUGCAUGUAGAAAGAAAUCAAAAGUGGGAAUAAAGCCAAGAGGACUCCAAUGAACUAUAGAAAAAAAUUGGCUUAUGGAGAAAAUAUCAUUUAUCCAAUAUUUAGCUAGCAAAAGCUCUACCAUUUUUGUGAAUUGGUCCUUUGUU